AUGGCUGUUGUUUUGUAUCCUUCUUUUAAAUUCUACUGGAUUCGUGAUUUACAAUUGCCGGUUCAAAUGGAAAAUCGUUUAAAACAAAAUAUCAUCAAAUUAAUUAUUGAUGAAAUGAACAAAGAUUCAAAAACAUCCGCAACUGAAUUACACAAAAUUAAUUUUUCUUCAACAACAUCAUGCUUUACUUCAACACCAAAAGCCAAACGUCGAAAAUUAUUUAAUUACGAUGAUAAUAAUAUGGACGAUUCUAAUGAAUCAACAACACUUGACCCGACUGUCGAAUUAAAUGCUUAUUUAAAUGAUCCAGUGCGAACAAAAUUUUCCGAUUACUGGUUUCAUUCUCAACUGAACAUUCUAAAAAAAUUGGUUAUACGUUUGUUUUCAGUUCAAGCAUUAUCAGCACCUAUUGAACGCGCAUUCUCACAUGCCGGAUUGAUAUUGUCGCAAAGAAGAACAAACAUGAGCGAACAUUUAUUUCGUGAUUUAGUUUUUUUACGCGUGAAUCAAAAGUUGUUAUAAAUAUAUUCUCUUAUACUUCUCAUAUGUACGAUUACUCUUGUCAGAUUGUUUUGUUGUUUUUCUGUUAAAUUCAAGCUCUCUAAUUUCUUCUUCUAAAAAGUUAAUGCUUUCCAGCCGGUGAUAUUUUUUCAAACUAAUAAAAAUUUUAACUCUUCUUAAAAAUUUAUCUUCUAUUGUUUGCCAUUCCAAAGUGCAGCAAAUAUACCCACCCAGGUCAAUGACGCUCGGUAGUAAACGGCCGUUCACCAACUUAAUACGUCAAAAAACGGUAACUUUUUACGCUCGUCGUAAACAGCAGCUGUAAACGAUGAUUUACAGCAUAUUACGACAACCGUACACAGUAACCGUAAAAGUUCAUCGUAACUACUACCGU